UUCGGAGCGUCUGCUAGAGACACCUACUGGCUGAAACCAAAACAAAACAUUUGGGUUUGAUGUUUAUGGUUUCGAUCGCGAAAAUUUAGUGAUCGCUCUGCUCCUGUGGUCUCAAAGUUAGCGUGCGCCUGUCUUCAUUGUAUCUUUCGUGAAUGUUUCCCGUUCUGGUCUUUAGGCGUUGACAUUCGUGUGGAGGGACUGUGGUCGUGACGCAGUAGAAAACAUUUGGACAGUUCUGGCAUGAAGUGGAAAGAUACGUGAGAGAACUGAGGUGGUGACACUUGGCCACUGGAAGUGCGCUGUCAGCAGUUGUGCUGGCCGAUAUUUCUCUGCAUUGAACAUAGUGUCGUGUGAAGUGAUUCAAAAUGUUUACGGGCCUGACAAAUCAAGUCAGCGGAUGGAUGGGGAAUGUGGUCAAGAAGGGAGAGGGGGAAGCUGUGAAGCCUGAAGACAAAGCUGCAGAACCUGGGGAUGAACAACCCUCUUCUCCUCAGGAUAACAGUGAAGCAAAAAAAGAUGCAAGUCCCACCAAGCCUGGCGGCCGGCUAGAGAUGCUCUCCAACGUGAAGAGCCAGAUGUCCGGGUGGCUGGGCUCGGCCGCCAUUCCCUCCAUGCCGGCCAUGCCCGCCAUGCCCGCCAUGCCCGCCAUGCCCUCCAUGCCCGCCAUGCCGUCCAUCCCUGGGCUGCGGAAGGGCGGCGACGACCAGGCCGCUGACGGCGCGGCGGCCACCACCGUCGAGUCGCCCGCCUCAGAGAAGUCCGUCAAGGGCUCGCCGGGUGAACCCGAGAAGGACGACGACAACUCCAGCGCGACGGGCGGCGCCGACAGCAACGCCGAGGUCUCGGACAACGAGGCGGAGGAUCUGGAGAAGGACGGAGCCGUCGCCGGAGUGUCUACCAAGGCGACGCAGGCGGCCAAGUCCUUCGGAGGCUUUCUGUACUCGGCCGUGAGCAAGGCGGGUGCGAAAGUGAGCGAGGCUGGCGCCAAAAUCAAGAAGACUGUCGAGGAAAACCCGGUGAACCUUCCCGUCAAGAAUCUGCUGGGUGACUUCAAUAAGGAGCAGGAGGCGUUCAUCAAGGACAAGAACAGCAAGGGCUCGGAGGCAGCGGUACCGCCGUGGGUGGGCUGCCCCAACGAGGAGAGCCUCAAGGAGGAGUGUCUGUCCCUCUCCACGGAUCGACGGAACUUCGUGCGCAGUCCACCUGCUGGAGUGGAGUUUAACUUUGACUAUGAUGUGACAUUCCCUGUGGCCCAGGCUAUCUUAGCAGAAGACCCAAAUCUUGAGAAGAUGAGAUUUGAACUGGUGCCUAAAAUCAUCACAGAAGAAAACUUCUGGCGUAACUACUUCUACCGAGUUAGCCUUAUCUGUCAAGCAAACGAAUUGUCAUCGAUGGCCAAAGAGGGAGGUGCAGCUGCAUCAGCCUCACGUACUAGCAGCACAGACGCUGAACCUGCAGCUGCACCGUCUGCACAAACCGAGGAGCCUGUAUGCUACCUGCCAGAAUCUGCCUCUGCAAAUGCUGAGAGUCCCACACAUGAGUUUGUGUCAGAUACUUUUGCAGCAAGCACACAAGAUCUCGAGGAAGUUCGGGAAGGCAUGCGUAAACUGGGCUUAGAGCCUCUGCCUAAAGAAGAAGAUUGGGAAAAGGAAUUGGAGGCAGAGCUGCAAGAUUAUGAAGUUGUCGCAGAUAAUGAUGGUCAAAAUACAAAUUCCAAUAACUGGGAAAAUCAAAUUGAAGAUAUGUUGGAUGAUGAGACAGAUCUCAAGUAAUGUAUUAAUAGCAACAAUAACUAUGAUUGUUUUUCCUAGUUACAUUUACUUUGUUGUCAAAAUAUCAGAAACAUAACAUUGCUGCUUCAGGUGUUAGAUUACUGAUUGUAGGUGCUCUGUAAAAUUCCGAUGGACUGGAAAAAAUGUAAUCUUUCAAAGAGGCCCCACUUCAUUUUCCCCCCUGAUUAUCAUUAGUUUUAUCAAUGUCGUAUGAAGAUUGGCAUGAGUAUCUGAUAUACUAUUUCAUGUCUUGUUUUUUUGUAAAGAGAUCUUUUGAAGAUCAGAAUGUAGAAGAAAUAUUUAUGAGGCAUUAAGAAUCAGAACUCUCUUUAGUAAAUGGUUGAAACAUACAGAGUGGCUUCAUAUUAAAGUCCAAAUGUCAAAUUUCAAUUCAUUUUUCAAUCUCCCACUUUCCGAUAGAUAAAAACAGCCACAAUGAGAUGAAGAUUUUAUACGUUCCAUUAUAAAAUAACAAUGCCAUUUUUGUUUAUUUGUCUAGGAAACUAUUCAAUAACACUGUACAGUUUGGUGAACUGCAUCAAAGACGUAUCUUCCUUUUCAUCUCUGUAUAAUAUAAACUCAGGAAUAGCCUGUGGAGGUUAUCCAUAAUUAUUUACACUUGGCUGGAGAUUAUCUAUCUGAAAGGUUUCUUAACUGACUUCCUUAUAAAAAAAAGUUCUACAUGAGCGAUGAUGCAAUGUGUGAAUGUGAAAGGAAAGAAAAGUAAUGUUUCUAUUUCUAUGUGUAUUUAGCCUUUUGCCUUCUCUCGCUAUGAUAUUGAUCAACUGAGCAUAAAUGUUGUCCUAAUUAUGACUGAAUGUAAAAAAAUUAUCAAUGAGUGUUGGUCGUUUACAUGACUAUAGAAUAACAUUUUAUGUGAGUAUUAGGUGGUAGUCAAAAUGUAGUGAUGCACUGAAUCGAGCUUUUAGAUGUUGCUCCAUAUUUGCAAUGGGCAUACGCUUUGAUGUGAUUAAGGCAAAUAUUUUUCUUGCUUUCAGAAAUCUUUUCAAAGCAAACUUUAAAAAGAGUUUGUAGUUUGCUUUUUCCUUACUUGUAAUGGUGGGGUUCCAGAGAUUAAGAGAUAUUCUUGUCAAUUUAAUUUCUUGUCCUUGUUGCUUCAUGGCAAAUUUUGAUUGUUGUUACGAUAUUGAAACUCUUUAUCCUGGAUUUAAUAAUUGUGUUUAAUUCCUCAAAAGUGUGUCCCCACACUCAAGGAAGAGGUAUGCUAGCAUUUACUGUAAUGCAGUUAAAUGACCUAAGAUAUUAAAAACACGUAAAUUUUCUUUAAGUAAGUGCAUUAUUUUUCAAUGCAUUACCUGAAACUUGUAUGACUUAUUGUUGAAUAUAACCAAAGAGCCUUUAUUACCAAGGUAUUUUAUUUCUUUGAUCUUUGUACUGUUCUCAAGUUGUUUGGCUAUACCAGGCUAUACAUUCCAGCAGUUGAUGAGCUUUUGUUUCGGUAUGCAUGCAUUCUGUAUUAUAAAACGUUCUAUUCAGAACUGCCAACCAUAGUCACUUUAAGGACUAUUACUCUAAACUAUGAAUGAAAGCUAUGUUGAGUUGGUGUUAUAUCACUUGUGAAAUUUCACUUUAAAGAGGGUUUAGAUGAGUGUAGCAAUAAGAGAUGAAAGUUGUGAUGAAGUCAAUCAACCUCUAUUGGUUACUAGGUUUUUAAGCUUUAAAGGCACUUUGUCUUCAUCAUGCUUUGUCCGUACAUGUUUCCAUGUAAAGUGAUGUCGAAAGACAUGUCUGAAUUCUGAUAGGACGAGGAAGCAUAUAGUACUUAUACUAGGAUUUGUUCUUAAUAUGGAAUGAAAAAGCUGUGAGACAAUUUCUGAUACGUCUGAUCUCUACAACUCUUUUUCCCUCCUUCAACUCUCAUUUAUAUCGAGCAUUCUGUGAAUGUUCUGAAAUGCAGCACAGUACAACAACUGUUUUAUCAACCCCAGCCAUUAAUUUGAGUUUUUAAUUUUGUGAAGUGAUAUUUUUUGGUUUUGUUGUGCUAUAUUUUAAAUAAUUCAUAUUUUAAACUCCAACAUUUUCAACUUUAUUUUUGUUUGUAUAUAAUGUGAAAAGUGUAGUAGUAUUUGGGAGUCAAUGAUUUUCAAGUCUGUUAUGUUUAUAAAUGUAUAUUAUUUAUCCUGUUAUAUAUAGGCAAAUGUACAGGCACAGCAUUGUGCUCAAGUGGAAGAAAGUAAACAUGAAGUAUUUUGUUGAAUUAUGUUAAAGUAUGUUAGGUUUACUUGGAAAUUUGGAGAAUGUGUGUUGUGGUUCUUCUCAGUUGGUAUUCAAGCCUUUCAUGAUUUGCAUAGUUUAGCCGAAUACCCUCUUAGGCCUAUACAAUAACCGUGUUGGAAAACAAAGAAAGUGUACUAGACAGUCAAUAUUUGAAAAAUCAAUAAACAAUAUAUGCCUA